AUGAACACUCCCAAAGCUUUGACCUCGUUGCUGGAUGCCCACCUUGGGCCUUAUUCAGAGGAAAAGUACGUUAGUUUACGGCGUGAAUAUACCCCAGUCGAGAUCAAUCUCGUCAUCUACCUUCUCGACCAGGUUCUUUUGACGACGGAGUCUGAGACCAGGGCAGCAGAGCCGGAUAAUCCUCUGUUCCAGAUUCGAGCCAUCAUGAGCGCUAUCAUAUGGACAUCCAAGCUUUUCAGACCAGAAUGGGAGUGGCAAGACAAGUUGCUUAUGAAGGGAGACCGAGAAACUCUCAGAAGGGGGUUGAAUUGGCUUGACAGCAUUGAGCAAUUGUCAUUUCUCAGCGGGGAGCCGCUUGAACGGGAAGAAGAUAUUCAAAUUUUGAAUGGACUUUGGGAUUGGUUCGAGAAGCACAACGAGCGACCGAUCAGAUUAGCGUUUGCAAUGGCGAAGCGCGGUGUGUUGCGAGAUAUCGCAACGGCGGACAAAUACGGUGACCUCAGAUACGUCCUUCAUCCAUUUCUCGACGCCCUGAGAUGGUCGUGCAAGACUGUACCAAUGUCGCUCGUUCCAGAGACUACUCGUUGA